UAAGUUUCUCACAAUUUUUCACAAUGAGUACUCUUGCAACACAAUUUGUAACAAUUGUGACAUUUCUUCUCGUGUUUCUAAUCAAAAUAGAGGGACAUUCAAAUUCAAUUACUAUUUCAAAUGAUGAGGUGAAUAAAAAUUCAUUCACCAAUGCUGUGGUUGAGGAAGUUGGUGUGAAUGAAAAAUCACCUGAUUGUAGUACAAGACCAUGGAUAUGUAGCACUGGAACAUUUCCACCAAGAAGUGUAUGUUGUGGAAACCGUUGUGUGGAUAUUGCAAAAGAUAAAAACAAUUGUGGAUUAUGUGGUGUAAAUUGUCCAUUUAAUUGGAAAUGUUGUAACCGUUUAUGUGUAAAUAUAAACUUAAGUCCUUUGAAUUGUGGUCAAUGUGGAAGGAUAUGUCCUAUUGGAAGUUUCUGCCAAUUUGGUAUAUGUGUUACUACUUUUGUGAAUCUUGCCCCACCACCACUUUUGUAAGAUUAUUAAUAAUUGGUGUUAUGUACUCAUGAAUGAUAUUAUAAUGUGUGUUGGAUUAAUGGAUUAA